AUGGUAGACGCUGAGCCGAACUCUCCUACUUGGAAGUUCACACAGUUAGUCACUCCCCAUUCUGCUUUGAUGCGCGGAGCGGUUACAUCUUUGGGGCGUGGCCCAAUAUGUUUUGGUGAUAAGGGAGAUGUGGAGGAUAUCACAGAGGCCGAUAUAAUAUCCACCGUGGAGUUCGAUCAUACUGGAAAUUAUCUUGCCACGGGAGACAAGGGAGGAAGAGUGGUUUUAUUUGAGAGAAAUGAGACGAAAAAAACUUGCGAGUACAAAUUCCACACCGAGUUCCAAUCCCACGAGCCCGAAUUCGACUACCUCAAGUCCCUCGAAAUUGAAGAGAAAAUAAACAAGAUUAAAUGGUGCCGACGACAAAAUGCUUCUCAUUACCUCCUUUCCACCAACGACAAGACGAUCAAGUUAUGGAAGGUGUUUGAGAAGUCCUUGAAGGUGGUGGCUGAGAACAAUCUAUCCCAUGAUUUGACGCCUGGAAGCGUUGGAGGCGGUGGAGGCGUCCGGCCUAUUGCGAAUGCCCAUUUUAGCAGUGCUCACGACCUUAAACUACCCCGCCUCACACACCAUGACACCGUUGUCGCGGCUGUACCUCGUCGAACCUAUGCCAAUGCUCAUGCGUAUCACAUCAACAGCAUUUCAGUGAACAGCGAUGGGGAGACUUUCGUUAGCAGUGACGAUCUGCGGAUCAAUCUAUGGAACUUGAACAUUCAGGACCAGAGCUUCAAUAUCGUGGACAUCAAACCUGCCAACAUGGAGGAGUUAACAGAGGUUAUCACCGCCGCAGAAUUCCACCCCCAAAGCUGUAACUGGUUCAUGUAUGCCAGCUCAAAAGGAACAAUCAAGCUCGCAGAUAUGAGAGAGAGCGCUCUGUGUGACCAGCACGCAAAGCAGUUCGAGCAGGAGGAAGACCCUACCGCAAGAUCAUUCUUCUCAGAAAUCAUCUCCUCUAUUUCUGACGUGCGGUUCUCCCAUGAUGGAAGGUACAUUCUAUCACGUGACUAUCUCACAGUGAAGAUUUGGGAUGUCAAUAUGGAACGACAACCGGUGAAGACGAUCCCAAUACACGAACACCUGCGGCCUCGUCUCUGCGAUACAUAUGAGAACGAUAGCAUCUUUGAUAAGUUCGAAGUUGUCUUCUCAGGAGAUGCGAAGAAUGUCAUGACGGGCAGUUACAACAACAACUUCAUGAUCUAUCCUUCAGACCCUGAUAAAGACCUCGAGGUGGUCUUGCAAGCCGAUAAGUCAGCAUUUAAGGCCAAGAAGGUCGGCGUGCCUACCCCCAUCAACGCAUCCACAAGCCCCACGGCGACAAAUGGCAAGAAGGCGGGCAACUCGAGAGCUGGCAGCCCUGCGGCAGGAGGGGUUGGACAAGGUGGUAGAAUGCGAAAGGAAACCGAUGCCGACCAGAUUGACUUUAACAAGAAGAUCCUACACAUGAGCUGGCAUCCAUUCGAAGACAGCAUUGCCAUCGCAGCGACCAAUAACCUUUUCGUCUUUUCCGCAUUGUAG